AUGUCCAGUGCAGUCGUUUUCAUUAUUUCUCUUAUAGCAAUACUUUCUUUCGUUCACUGUUUACAGAAUUUAUGUUACAAAGACUUUGAUAUGAAACAUAUUGGCUGGGAUAUUUAUUGCUAUAAAAUAUAUUCAUUUGAUAGAUUUGAUAUUGAUGAAUAUCGUGCGUUCUGGAAUGGAAUAGAUGGAGAUCAACGAUUUUGUGAAAUAUUUACGCAACGUACCGGACAAAAGGGUUAUAGCGUUUCAAUUCGCAAUAGAAAGGAAUAUGAAUUCGUUAAAGUACAAUAUCGAACAGCUGAUUUCAAUUUAAUCUCCGUACCAUUGUUAAUUGGAUUGAAAUAUGAAAACGGUCGUUUCUAUUGGUUCGAUAAUUCGACAUUCAAUUAUACCGACUUUUUUGAACCUGAUUAUAAGACGCGUUCUUAUUUAUUUCGAAAAGGCCAAUGCCGGCGAUUUUAUAUGUAUAGUCCACCAACAUAUGGCAAGAGGAAAUAUUUUGUCCUUGAUAUCGAUUGUCGAGUGCGAUUCUACGAAUAUCGUCUUUUAUGUCGAUAUAAAGUUCCACGUUCAGACGUAAUUUUUGCUUCUCUUUCAACAUUCUGUUAA